AUGAACAACCAUGCUCCUCCGGAGGCUACUGGCCCAUUGGAAAAGCGCAUCAAAAUCGAGCUAGUGGACCCAGAUUUUCCACCAAGCAAGCCACCAACUCCACCUCCAAAACCGGCAGCUAAGUUCUAUCUGCCACCUGGAAAAUCAACCAACGUGUCGUUGUGGACUGUAGAGGAUGUUCGUCUCUGGGUGGGAAAGUUCUUGAAGCCCAGCGAGCAUGCCGAAACAUUCAGAACUCUCGCGGAGCUCAAAAUCAACGGCGCUGUUAUCAAAUCCAUCUACGAAAAAAAACCAGCUCACACGACAUUUGGAAUCAAUUUGGAAGACUUCGAAUCGAUCCAGGCGCACGCUCACAAGCUUUUCAAUAUAAGAAUUACGAACAACUACUGGGACGACCCUGCCUAUGAGUAUUUCCUUCCCAAUAACAUUCAUUUCCGACUCGCCGGACCAGCUGAAUUGAAUCCACCAGAGGUUCCUGCAAAUUUGAAUGCUGCUCCAGAGGCUGCUAGCCCGUUGGAAAAUGACAUCAAAAUUGAGCUAAUGGACCCAGAUUUUCCGCCAAGCAAGCCACCUACUCCUUCUCCAAAACCGGAAGCCAAGUUCUAUCUUCCACGUGGGAAAACAACCGAUGUGUCGUUGUGGACUGAAAAGGAUGUUCGUUGCUGGGUGGCCAAGUUCUUGAAGCGCAGUGAGCAUGUUGAGACAUUCCGAACUCUCAAGGAGCUCAAAAUCGACGGUGCUGUGAUCGAAACGAUCUACUUAAACAAGCCAGCUCACACGACAUAUGGAAUCAACUUGGAAGACUAUGAGACUAUCCAGGCGCACGCUCACAAGGUUUUCAUGGUCCGUACACAGUAUUUUAUUAUUUAA